GAAGGGAACGUCCCCAGGGUGAGGAAGCUCUCAACGAAGGAGUCGAUGGCAGCAUUGGAGGCGCGACUCGAGGGGAUGAUGGAGAGUGUGGUAGAGCGGUUCACUAGGCUUGAGGAAGCGCUAGUUGGCCCUGGUAAGCCCACAUCUCAUAUCAGUGACUUUUUCUCCUAUUUUGCUGGUUUGGUUGCUAGGGUGGAAGAGCUGGAGGAGAAGGUGGACUCCUUCGAGGGAAGGGUGAAUUCGUCUCGCUUCGAGGAAGCUAGAGACAGUCCAACCCAGCAGAAGGCCCUGGAAGCAAGAGUAGCUAGCUUGGAGUUAGAGUUGGAGUUGUGCAAGAAGGCCAUCGUUGCUGGCAAUGAAGGGAAUUUGGCUCCAGCCAGGAGGAAGGUUCGUGCGCCUAAGAGCUAUGAUGGUGUGAUGGGUGCUCGAUAGAGCCAUACCAAAGGUGGGAGGCAGUCUCCUCAGACCACCGGGGAUGAGCACAGUGAUGGCCAGGCCCAAAAGAGACGGG